GUUGUCAGUGACAAGAAAUGACAGCUGACAUACCAUACAACUGAAAUCAAAAGUUUCAAUUUUAUUUUGCAAGUUCUUUAUAUAAAAAUUAGUAAUAAAGAAUGUCCAAAGAAAAACCACUUAUCUUACGGGUGCAGAGCCCCGAAGGAACUAAGAGGCUUGAAAUUGUACCGUCAGCUACGACCAGACAACUAUUCGAAGCGAUUGUAGACACUUUUAAUUUGAACAGUUUUGCUUUUGCCUUGUACAGACAACAAAACCAAAAAGAUGAGAUUCCCAGCGGAAAUAGUUCUACUGUGAGGAGUUUAGGAAUCAAGCAUGGCGAUAUGGUUUAUUUGGCCCCCUUAAAUGGGGCUGUUUUGUUCAAGAACAACACAUCCUCUGGUGAACCAAUGUCCGAUACAGCAGGACCUUCAACUAGUUCAGGCUCCAAAACUGCCGCUGUACCAAAUGUUUCAGCAAAAGUAUUAGCAACUGCCAAAUCUAAUAUAAAAGAAGACGAAGUUGACCAAAUGUUAAGCAAAUUGGACGGACGAAUUGAGCGAAAACGAGAUGAAAAACUCUGCCGUCAUAAUGUCAACUCAAAAUGUGUACAUUGUUCCUCACUGGAGCCAUUUGAUGAGGCUUAUUUGAAAGAGCAAAAUGUCAAACAUCUCUCCUUUCAUUCAUAUUUGCGUAAAAUGAUGUCUGGAGUGGAUCGGGGCAAAUUUUUGGCUUUGGAAGAUAUAUCUUGUAGCAUUAAGUCAGGUUGUAAGGAUCAUCCCCCAUGGCCUAAAGGGAUUUGCUCUAAAUGUCAACCUAAUGCUAUCACAUUAAAUAUGCAGGCAUAUAGACAUGUGGACAAUGUUGCCUUUGAAAAUACGAAUUUGGUGGAAAAGUUUUUGAAUUAUUGGCGUGCAACUGGACACCAAAGAAUAGGAUAUUUGUAUGGUACUUACGAAGUUCAUUCUGAUGUACCUUUAGGUAUAAGGGCCAAUGUGGUUGCCAUUUACGAACCACCCCAAGAUAGCUCCCGAGAUUCAAUCCGUUUAUUACCGGACGAAAAAGAAGCUGUAGUGAACGAAAUUGCGACAGCCUUAGGAUUACGACCUGUGGGUUGGAUUUUUACCGACUUAUUGCCUGACGACAUUCAAAAGGGCACAGUAAAACACACUAGGAAUGUCGAAUCACAUUUUCUUUCGGCCCAAGAAUGCAUAACGGCCGGAUAUUUUCAAAAUAAGCACCCGAACCCGUGUAAAUAUGCUUCAAGCGGUUAUUUUGGCUCGAAACACGUCACCGUAUGCGUAACCGGUGACAAAACUAAUCAAGUACACAUGGAAGGUUAUCAGGUGUCGAAUCAGUGCAUGGCUUUGGUUAAAGAUAAUUGCCUGGUACCGACCAAAGAUGUUCCUGAGUUGGGAUAUGUGAGGGAAUCCACUGAUAAGCAGUAUGUCCCUGAUGUGUACUACAAGGAAAAAGAUUCCUACGGCAACGAAGUGUCUCGAUUAGCCAGACCUCUUCCGGUAGAAUACCUAUUGGUGGACGUCCCAGCUUCCACACCAGUUACGCCCGUGUACACCUUCAAUCCGGACCCUUCCAAACAAGCAUUUCCUGUCGAAAACCGUUUUAUCGAUGGUCACAUACAAGACUUUAACGCUCUGGCAUCGUACCUUCAACAAUUUGCCUUUGAUGAGUUUUAUGAAGCCAUCUGCGAUUUUCACCUGUUGAUUUACAUUGCUACCAUGGACAUGCUGCCCAUGAAAGAUUCUUUAGGACCCCUUUUGGAGGCUCUCAAAAAGAAGGAUGAAAAAGCGGCGACAGAUUGGAGCAGGUCAGAACAGUGGGCCACUCUGGAACAGUUAAUUGCUGCCAGUUCGCCACCACCUUCACGACCGGGUAGCGUAGCUUCAGGUGCUGUAAAUAACUCAGCUGCACCAAGAGGUGGCGAUAAGUGGCCCUGUCCAUUCUGCACUUUCCUCAACGAAUCGGACGUGCAAAAUUGCGCCAUGUGUCAAUUACCAAGGUCGCAGGCCUGAUUUUCAACUCUCAUUCGAUCUUUUGUUAAUAUGUCAGAACACUUCUUAGAUCUUUUCGAAAGACGUGUGAAAAAAAGCUAUUUGCAGAAGAACAAUGAGGAGAUCGAUAUUUUUCUAAAUGAUGUUUCGAGUAACCCAAAUGGUGUGUUAAAAAAACGCGUUUUUACUAAUGAUUUUUAUUUAUUUUAUGCUGUAAAUAGCGGUUAUUAUAUCUUUUAUUUGUUUUUCGUUUUUAGAAUAGGGUUAAUAUGAGUUAUUCUAACUCAUGUAAUAUUAUUAUUGAAUUGUAUGGUGAACUAAAUAAAUUUUUAAAAGCA